AUGGCUGAAGCAACCGGCCAAACAUACGACUCUGAUCGUGGCCAAUACUGGAGCGGCGAAAUCGAGGCAGGCACUGCCAAGAUCACCCGGUACCAAGACGGUAGACCCACGCGGUUUACCUUCAAGAAACCAUUCCAGAAGGUACCGCAUGUGCAACUCACGCCUGACUUUGGUGAGAACCCAUCGCAAGGAUUCAAGCAGACUUGGCUUUACUUCCUGAGCAGGGGAAAACCAGCGGUGGACAAGGAAGGCUUUAGUGUGGGGUGCUUUGCAGAUGUUGGUUAUGAGAUUACAUUCAGGUACACUGCUAUUGAGAUACGUGAGAGGUACUGA